GAAAGAAGAAAAUACGAUACAGCUCCAUGGCAACGUUGCCAAGUUAAUGUAAAUUGAAACUCGUUUUAAGGUUGUAAGUAUGAAACCCAAAGUUCUAGUUCUGUUUUUGGCUCUGUGCUACGCAUCAGGAGUUUCUGCGAACAAAAUGGGGCAAGCAGAUGACCACAUGGCACAUCAGCACAAUGCAAAUGCUUUCCUUGACUCUGAGGAUAAAGAUGAGGUAAAAGAACUUAACCCAUCUGAGCAGAAAAAGAAAAUGAGGGAGAUCGUGAAGAGAAUUGACACUGACUCUGAUGAAUACCUAAAUUCAGAGGAAAUAACAAAAUGGAUACAGAAAGUGUACAGAAGAUAUGCAAUGGAUGAUGCAAGAGAACACUUCCCUGAAUUUGAUUCUAAUGUUGAUGGACUGGUUACUUGGGAUGAAUACAACCUGAAAAUACAUGGGCCCACUAUUAAAUUGGAUGAAAUCAGUGUUUUCGAGGACCCAGAAGAAGAAUCUCUCAGAUUUCUUUAUUUAAAGGAAAAAAGACGAUUUGACAGUGCAGAUGUAGAUGGCACCCCUGGCUUGAACUUGACAGAAUUUCUUGCAUUCACUCAUCCAGCUGAUGUAGAUUACAUGGCUGAUUUUACUAUUGAGGAUGUGUUAAAUGAGUACGAUUUGGACAAUGAUGGAUUUAUUACUUUAAGUGAAUUCAUUGGAGAUCUUGGUAAAAAUGGAGAUAAGCCAUCCCAGUGGGAGAUAGAGGAGACUGUGCGCUUUAAAGACAUUUAUGAUCAGGACAAAGAUGGCAAGCUGAAUCGGGAAGAGCAGUUGCGCUGGGUUGCCCCAAACAACUAUGGUUCAGCACGUGAAGAAGCUGUUCAUCUUAUUAGUGAAAUGGAUCAGGAUGGUGACCAGAAGCUUUCUGAAGCUGAGAUUUUGCACAGCUUGGACACUUUUAUGAACAGCCCAAGAUUGGCUCACUUUGGUUGGAGUAAGCAAAGAGCAGGGGUUUGGAAUGGGAAAAUCUUGGACAUGAGACUUGAAGGUGUAAUUGCUGCCACUUCAGAGUUUUGAGGAUCUUAACACAGUGUGUUAAUCAGUGGACAGGCAUUCUGAUGGAAACCUGUUUACCCGCCGAGGUUAAGGAUUAAAGUCGAGACUGCCGGGACAACGAUGCUGCUCCUGUCAGAUGUGACGGGUCUGGAGUAAUUGCAACGACAAGAAAUCACUACAGACUUUAUUGAAGACUAGAGCGGAUAACAACUCUAUUAUUAUUUAAUUGUUUAUUUAUCUAUUUAUUACCACUGUAUGACUUUUAGAUCAUUCAAUUCUGUGUUUGUAUGAUUUGUGUAAAUCGUGUAUUUAUUUAAAGUAUCCUCCAGACCACCCAAGAAGGAUGGGCCCUGUUGAGUCUGGUUCCUCUCAAGGUUUCUUCCUGUAAUUUUCAGGGAGUUUUUCCUUGCCACAGUCGCCCUCGGCUUGCUCAACAGGGGUUUUUGUAUCUGUUGGUCCUGGAUUUUGUAAAGUUGCUUUGAGACAAUGUAUAUUGUAAAAAGCGCUAUAUAAAUAAAGUUGACUUGACUUGACUUGACACCAUAAAGUACAAUAAUUACAAUGAAAA